GCGAGAGAGACACACAGAGCGGCACAAAAUUCACGAGCAUCCUAAGCAAAGAAAUAGCGUAUCCGUCGAAGAGGGUGAGCGAAGCAAGGUCGGGCCUGUAUUACGGAACGCAGCGAUAUGGAGGACACGCAGAAGGCCGUUACCGCAGCGGACGAGGCAAAACUGCUCGCCGCUGCGUCUGCCCGUGGUGCUGUUGAGGAAGCAACCAGAUCUCCCAGCAAGAGGAAGAUAUCUGAGGACCUCGAGAGCACGCCUUCGCCGCACAAAGCCGGCGUCCAGAGACACAUCGCCAUGCCCAAGCCGAUGAAGCUGUGAUUAUUUGUUUGGCGGUCACCCGAUCAUUUUCUCGGCACCUUACCUAGAAAACGCAAGGGCAUUCUUAAAAUGUGAAGAACGUAAAUACGAACUGUAGAUGAAGGACAUGUGCUUGUGAGCAUCGUUAGUGUAGCUCCAGGCUAGAUCGAGUUUUGGCAACACCCCUCCUCCAAAAGCAUUGCUCCAGGACAGGGGCGAGUGGGAUGAGCGGGGCGAGUGGGAAGAGCCACAACGCAAGUGUAAUUUGAAGCCUGCACACCGGGCAGUGUCAGGAAGCAGUUUUUUUGGUGGAAGGAUCCAUGGUGUAGAUGUCUUGUUCCAGCGUUGUGCCUUUUGUAAGUGGGCUUGACGUCUCGUGUGUACUGUUGUUAAUUGAUGGUUUCCAUUUUGGGGCGCGCAACUCCUGGAUUGCUUGCGCUGCUCUCGCGUACAAGACGUAUUUUCCUGUAAAGAGGAGCAGACACGACACGUGUGGGGUAUGUAGAUAAUGCAGUACAGGUUCGUAUGUUCGUAGAUGCCCUUCCUUCUUCAAUUGAAUCGAAUUUUUCGGAGGAC